AUGGCGCCGAAAGUCGGGGAUAUUCUAAAGCGCUUAGGCUUGAGAGGCGCUAUCAUCCGAUAUGGCGAGCAAUGGAAAACCCAAGAAGUCAAAGACCUUGAAGACGACAUCAGAGCCUUCUACCAAAAAUACGAGCCUUAUCUGAAACGCGAGGAGGAAUAUCCUUUCGAAUUCAACACCGACAUCAACGACAUUCUUGAAAAACAUGGUCCAGUUCUGUGGCCUGAUGGUCCACGUAGCGAAGACACGACACUAUGGUUGUUUCCUGCAGGCGAGAUCGCCGAAUACCUUGAGGACAUCUAUUACAGUCGACACUUUGACAAGAUCCAACCACUCUUUGCGACACUUCUGACCAUGCGAGUAAAGGUGUAUCGUAGUAAUCAACGACACGCAGAACUCAAAGCCAAAGAGAAGCGCGAAGCCGAAGCUGCUGCUGCUGCUGCGGCCGCUGCCAAUGCCAGCACCAAUGAUCCUGACCAUGCUCUCUCGGACUCUGACUUGACCGACUUUGACAGUCAUGACGAGUCACCAUCUCUUGUACAUGUCAUCAAGUUCGAUACUAACCAGAGCAAAGCCAAGCUGCAAGAAAUCUUUGAAGCUGAAGAAGUCAGCUUGAGGAAGAGAAAGUUCAAGACCGACUCGCCCCUGAGAUCCGUCAAGCGAUCGAAACAAUCAAGAGUACCCUCUGAGCCCAUCGAACCGAGCCAGAAUCUGCCUACUUGGACCACUACCAACGCUGAUAUGAUCCGUGUUGCUAGCCCCUUCCAACUUGGUCAUGAACAUGAUCUUCUUGUCGCAGCAGCAUCUGGUCACACUCACGGCUUUGUGCCUGUCAACCGGCCCGAGCAGAAUGAACAACCUGCGCAACAUGUCUCAGACAGCGAUGAAGAUGGAUCUGUGCUCGGAAGGACCGCUAUGAGUCUGCACUCGAGCGACGGCAGUUCGCCCAACCACGAGUCUCAACACCUUCCCGAGACCCCUGGCGAGGGCGUUCUUCUACACACACAGUAUGCACUGCCUCAGGACACCAAUCCGAGUGCACAGACGAGUGAAUCUGCUCCAAAGUCCCCUCAACACGGACAGCCACUUCAAAGUGUUGCACCAAUUUCAGAAAUAUCUCCGGAAGCCACCUUACAGCCUCAAGUCACCGAUCAGUUCAUGCACUGGCCAAAACUUAACAAGAGAAAAGCCAAGAGAUCAAAGACUACCUUGCGUCCGAUGGUCAGCACCGAAGAAAUGGAGCCUCCGGCACAACCUAUUCAGAGCUUGACGGAACCACCAAUGACACACGCACCUGGCCUUCCAACCCUACCUCCUACUCCUCAACAGGAUGAGUCAUUUGCAUCUGUGAAUGACGACAAUGGUACCGAGAGCCGGAAGCUCACGAGAAGAACCCAUGUCCUUACUCCAGCAACGGAACCAUCAAAGCAGCCGACAGACAACACCUCGACGGCCACGCCAAGCGCUUCACAACACAACAUAACACAAAUCAAUCAUUUCACACCUCUUUCGACUCAUACCCAAGCACGUACAUAUCAAACCCCUUACGCGAACUCACACCCACUUGUGCCCACCCCGCAAUCAAACCCAACACCGGUCGACGCAGUUCCCGGUGUCGUUAAUUCACAUCCUGCACCAAUCGACUCCCCGCUCACCAUGUCUGGACCAAUUCCCACUAUCGUGAACAAGCAAAACCCACUGCCAACACCAUCUGACAUGCCUGUGUCGGCACAAAUCAUCACAAAUCACUUUGCAAAUACCUUUGUCAGGUUCACUUUGACUGUCAAUGGCCGUUCAAGUCACAAGAACAUCAAGCUCGCCGAUUGCUUUGAUGUUGUUGCCUUGCACCAAACAGUCAAAAAUCGAUUCAAGUACGGGCUCUCAGGCCAAGUCCCCUCAGAAAUUGUCUUCAUUUUUGCCGACGAAGAAUUUGGAAUUGAUACACCCGACGAGAGCGGACAAAGUCUUUGGGACGAGUUCAUGCAGAUGAUCGUCAGCAAUGCUCCUGCAGGCACCUGCCCGAUCACUGCGGCAGUCAGAGUCUAA